AUACACUUCCCUGAUGCACAUACACCGCCGCUCCUUCGCUCGCAACCCUCCCCCAAGCUCACCACGAGUGGCCCUCGUACACGCCCGGAACUCGUAUCGGUUCUAGACCUUACGCGUGCAAGAUCCCAUUUGCCGGCGCAAGAUCGACCUGGCUUCAACGGAAGCGCCGCGCUUAACUCGACAACAAGUGCCAGAAUGGAGUACUACGGCAUGAAUGAGUUGCCCCAUUCGUACAAACGAUACAAGGGCUUGACGGGUUACUUUGAGAAGUGGCUCCUAAAUGUCGCGAAAGAGCGCGGUCUCGAGAUCGCCAACCAGGUAGAGGCUGAAGCUGCGAAACGCCAGAAGACUGGAGGGUCGAAAUCCCAUCACAUCCUCAUGAAAGACCUUUUGCCUAUGGCUGAAGCCGUUGCAAAGUCUGGGCAACCUUCCAAAGAUAUCUCAGGUCUCGCCGAUCUGGACGACGCUAUACGCAUCCGAAAAGAAGUCACUCAGUGGUAUCGUCUGCAGCACAUGUCUGAUGAGGAGCAUCCCUUCUUCACAUCGGUCUUGGCCGACGUGCGUAAGGUAUUCAAAGAUUGGAUCUUCGUUACACCAACACAACCCGAAGCCCACAAGAACCUUGAAGAAUCUCGAGGCAACAAGGAUCAAAAUCCAUUUAAGCAAGUCGCAUUCAUAUUCAGCUACUUCGAUGACUCAGCAGACAUGGACGACAGUAUUGACGGACCAGAUACAGACUUGAACGUAGAGGCGGGACCAUAUCGAUCCAAAGCAGGGACGGAAUCCGACCAGCGACUGAUAUCACUCAAUCCGCCAGACGCCGAAUCCCAAGUACCAAAGGCCGACCUACAAAUCGAUCGAGAGUUCGAAGUACUUUGUUUCCUGUAUGACCUUCAUCUGCUCCGACAACGCAUCAAAAUCGUCUGGAGCGAUUGGAGUCAGCGAAAAAUAGGAACCAUGACUGCCGCGAUUGUCUCAGACCUUGCUAUGGCCUACAUCCAACAGAGGGUGACAAGCCUUUCACAAGAGCUGAACGACGAUGGGAACGGCCAGGACAUCCUCGGCAUCGUCGACAAGCUGAUGGAGCUGAUACCGGAAGAUCAGCGAGAGGUCCCACUGUCGGAUGAGGGGAAUGGACUGCAGGAGUAUCCGCGCGAUCUUCUCUGUGACGAAGCCAUCUGUACCAUGAGCGAAUAUUGGCGUCUUGGAGCAGCCGGUGCUGCUGCAACCCAUGAGCUGCCUCGCCACGAUUCUUUUCGGCUGCGCUUUCUUCUGCAUUUCAAAGUGAUCGGUGCAGGGAAAUUGGAAGCCCCAGCCAUGGACAAAUUCACGGAGUCAUUAUGCUCUGCCGACACACGAUCCAAAGAUUGGCUUCCCUUCGGUUUCCAGGUCUUACUUGACAUACAGCGACUUCUACUCCUUGAAAACAAGACAAUGGGAGAAAUUAGAGAUGACGUUCUCGACCAUGGUCUCUAUAUCGAAGAAGUUAUGAGGCAACAUAUUGACUACGAAGACAAGAUGUGUGAUGUUGGUGAGAAGCCUGGCUACCUGUCAACGGCUGACUUCAAGUUUUCCAACACCUACCUACCGACCUUGAUGCGACUUCUGGACUGGCGGCUGCAACUGCACCACGAUGACUGCGAGGAAGUGUCGGGAAUGCGCAACCUUCUUUUCGUUGCCGCGCAUCCAAUCUUCUGCGGUAUGACUAUGUGGUUCUAUCAUCGGAUGUAUCACAGCAGCGCUAUCAACACGAUAUGUUGGUUUGUGGUUGGACUCGCCCAUCUUUACAACGCUUGCCGUCAGGUGGGCGGGCUAAAUAGUACUUGGGCAGACCUAGAAUUCGUCAUCAAGUCUCAAGGAUCCUCACGGAUCUUCGUUGGCGGCCCGCCUACAGAACCCGACACCUUCUACCAGCGUGUGCGACUAGCUCUGGGCCAUUCUGUCUGUGAACAUGCCUCUGACUAUUAUCGACACAAAAUUGAUCGACCCAAAUCUGUGAGAAGGCAGAAACGUGGCCUUACGAAUUACCCACUCCUAGAGGCUAAGAUCUUAGCAUACUACCAGACAAAAUCCCAGGAGAAGCGCUCGUCACUGCUACACAACAUCUUCGUGUUCCUACACGAGGACCUUGAAAACGCCGCUGCGAAAGGCUCAAGCACAAUACCGAAUGAAGAGGCAUCAAAAACAUCUCAAGUCCAGGAGAAAGUCCGGAUUAUCUUCAGAGCAAUUGCUAUCAAGCGCGCGUUACGGACGAAGAACAAGAAGACACGCAAGAAGAAUAAGUCCAAGAUUCCGUACUUCUCUGACAAGGGUGCUUUGCAUGACAAGUCCCUGCAUCAUGCAACUUCUCAAUUGGCUGAACAUGAGCUUUACGCCAACUUCGACCACUUUGCUUUCUUUCGCCGAGCCUACAAAAUCAUGAAGCGUAUUCGGACAGAGGUCCUGUGGGAUAGCAACAAAGCACUCACUACGCUGGAUGCUACACAAGAGGCUCCCAAUGACCUUUCGCUUCUCGUCGGUCUGCUUAUUAAUCUCGCACCCCCACAGGACAAAAAGGACCCAGCGUGCACUGCUAAACAUGCCCUUGGGAUGAAGAAGCUGAAGAUGAUUGCGAAGAUCAUGCAGGGGUUCAUCCUCGAGCAAGGAGAUCUCGAGUGGAAAAACGCCGAAGAGCAAAUGAAGCGUAGGAGGGAGCAUGGUACCGUGCCGCGCGAGAAGCUUUCCUUGGAGCCGAUCCAAGAAGCAACUACCUCAGAGAUCAAUGCUCAAGUUGAUACGCUUCUGCAGAUUGAGGAAAAGCCUGUUAAGAAGGUAGCUCUUGAGGUUCCCGCUACAGACCAGGAGUCUGGAACGGAGCCUCCAGUUGAACCUCAACCUGUACAGUUCCGCAGUCAAGCUGAACAGUUCAUAUCUGAGCUUGCAGAUGCGUCCCAGCCUUCCCUAUUCGGCAAUAAAAUUGUCCAACCUGGCAACCAGAGCAACAAGUCUUUCCAUUGUGGCAAUGAACCUGUCCAGUCUAGCAACCAAGGCCAUAAGCAUUUCCGCUUUGGCAAUCGCAAGCACUCAACAUUCGACUUUGAUCGCGCAGUCGAUAUCGCCGCCAAGGCUCGGGGUGCACCUAGUCCGUUUUACGAGGCUGAAAACAAGAAAAGUAGCAGGCCCGAAGAUGCAGUGAUUGAGACAGAACCAGCCAACCCGUUCUAUAAGUUUUUGAACCAGAGGAACAGUGAGCUCGAAGAUGCAGCGGUCGAGACUGAAGCAGCCAAUCCGUUCUUGGAGUUUGUAAAGAAGAAGUCCAGUGAGCACGAAGACGUAGCGGUCAAGCCUAGGGUAAUAUCAGGUUCUGCAGGCGCGCCAAUGAAGCCAGAAGCCAGUUCAGCGCUCGAAGCUCCAGUCCUGCAGCCAGAAGCUAUAUGCUCACCCAAAGGCUCGGAAUUGAAGCUUGAUCCAGCUCCUGAGCCCCAGCGAGAUGAAGUCGAUGAAUCUGCACAGGACGAGAAUCUCAACACGUAUCAAGGUGAAGGGGAUGCGACUGUCACAGGUAAGCUGUCCGCUUCUCAUCAUGAUAUGUCUUUCCCAACCGCGGUCCAGACACACCUCGAUCAAGAGAAUCAAGGUGGCUCCGACGGCUGGUCGGAUGCGGACGAAGAUAUCGAGGUUGACGGGCUCGCUGAGGACCGAACCCUCGAGAGCCAUCUGUCGAAGUACCUUGCGUUCAGGCAGGCUACACGAGCCCAGUACCCAUCAAUUGCGAGUCCUGUGUCGGAGCCCCAGCCUGAUGGGGGAACUUGCCCUGCAAACCCCUUAUCUCUACCUCCACGCCCGGAAAACAUCACUGACUACGUGACCGGAGGACGUAGGCCUGGAUACUAUAUGUUCGACGUCUACCACCGCUUCACCUACCGCAGCACGCGAUCUACCCGACAGCCAAAGUACAUAUCGUCUACUCGUCUCGAUCGCCUUCUUGCUCGUACUCGUACAGCUUCUGAGCCUCGGCGUCGUCUGGUAGGCGCAGUGAAGCAUCGCGUCUGUCACAACUGCUACGGACGAUGCAUGUUAGGUCACGCUCUUUUAGGGAAUGUGCAUGAUGCUUGGCGGCAUGGGGCCGUAAAUGAGGAUGACGGCUGGGACACUGACGAUGAAUGGGAUACAGAUGAGUGGUGUAGUGGUGAUGAGUAA